AUGCUGCACACAUUUACUGCCAUUUUUCUGGCUGCAUCAGCGGCCGGCGCAAUGCGACCAUGGAAAGCCGCAGGCCCGGGUGAUUCUCGCAGCCCCUGCCCCAUGCUGAACACUCUCGCAAAUCACGGAUACCUACCACACAACGGGAGAAACCUCUCGGUUAAACACUUUGGCGAUGCCGUCGUUGAAGCUCUCAACGCCGCCCCCUCGUACGGCACCCUGCCCGCGCGCGCGUUCAUCAAGAGCUGGGGCAAGGACUUCUUUGACCUCGAGGACCUCAACACGCCGGUGAUCCUGCAGCACAGGGGCUCCUUGACUCGCGACGACGUGACGCCCACGGAGAGGAAUAUCGAUGUGGAUGUUGCACGGGUGUCCGCCCUGCUGGAAGACAGUCCGACUGACUACGUGGACGCAGCGUCCAUAGCCAAGAGUCGCCUCCGUGUGGAAGCGUUAUCGGAGCCUGAGAGACUGUCGAGCUGGGACCAGCUGUUGGCUUAUAUGGAGUCUAGUCUGGUGCUUUUAAUGAUGAAGGAGGGCGAGGUGCCGUCUGCGUUUAGUUUUCCCUCGGCCAAGACUUGGACUGCGCCAAAGGAGCGUGUGAGGGUGUGGCUGACGGAGGAGAGGUUGCCGGAUGAGUUGGGGUGGAAGCGCUCAGAGCGAAAGCUGGGCUCGCUGGACUUGGUGCCGAUUAUGAAGGCCAUCUUUGAUGAGAAGAGGGCGCAGAGCGGCAAGGGCCGGCUUUGGAAGUCGUUUUUGUCGUUGUUUUGGGGUUCACGAGAUGAGUUGUAG